GAGAACGGCCAGCGGCGGUACGGUGGGCCCCCCCCCAGCUGGGACGGACCCCCCCCAGAGCGAGGCAGCGAGAUCUUCGUGGGGAAACUCCCCAGAGACCUGUUCGAAGACGAGCUGGUUCCCCUGUGUGAGAAGUUCGGUAGGAUCUACGAGGUGAGGAUGAUGAUGGACUUUAACGGGAACAACAGAGGUUACGCCUUCGUCACCUUCGGCAACAAAAUGGAGGCCAAAGCAGCCAUGAAGCAGCUCAACAACUACGAGAUCAGGAGCGGUCGCCUCCUCGGGGUCUGCGCCAGUGUCGACAACUGCCGACUGUUCGUUGGCGGGAUUCCCAAAACCAAGAAGCGCGAGGAGAUCCUGGCGGAGAUGAGGAAGGUCACCGACGGCGUGGUGGACGUCAUCGUGUACCCGAGCGCCGCCGACAAAUCCAAGAACCGGGGAUUCGCCUUCGUCGAGUACGAGAGUCACCGAGCGGCCGCCAUGGCCCGCCGCAAACUGCUGCCAGGUCGCAUCCAGCUGUGGGGUCACGCCAUCGCGGUGGACUGGGCGGAGCCGGAGGUGGAGGUGGACGAGGACACCAUGGCCUCCGUCAAGAUCCUGUACGUCAGGAACCUGAUGCUGCAGACCACCGAGGAGACCAUCGAGAAGGUCAACAGCCUCAGACCAGGGGCGGUGGAGCGGGUGAAGAAGAUCCGAGACUACGCCUUCGUCCACUUCGCUCUGAGAGAAGACGCCGUCAACGCCAUGACCGCGCUCAACGGAAAGGUGGUGGACGGCUCUCCCAUCGAGGUGACCUUGGCCAAGCCGGUGGACAAGGACAGCUACGUCCGCUACACCCGAGGGACGGGGGGACGCGGGGCGUCUCUGCUGCAGACGGACUACGCCGCCUACACCCUGGGACAGGUGUACGACCCGUCGGCGGCCUACCUGGGUCCGCCGGUCUUCUACGCCCCGGCCUACGCUGCCAUCCCGGGGCAGUUCCGCUUCCCCACGGCCAAAGCUCACAUGGGGGGUCGAGGUGUGAUGAGGACGCCGUCGGUCCGAGAAAUUUACAUGACUGUACCUGUAGGGGCUGCCGGGGUGCGGGGGCUGGGGGGGCGGGGGUACCUGGCCUACGCCGCCGGGGUCGGAGCCGUGGGUGCAGCCGGCGCCCCCUACGGCCUGAAGGCGGACAAGCAGGCGGACGAGAAGCUGUACGACCUGCUGCCGGGCAUGGAGCUGACGCCGAUGAACCCCGGCGCCAUGAGCCUGAAGGCCGCCGCCGCCAAACCAGCACCACAGGUCCUGGAGGAGCUGUGUCAGAAGAACAACUGGGGUCAGCCCGUCUACCAGCUGCACUCGGCCAUCAGUCCGGACCAGAGACAACUCUUUCUCUACAAGAUCACCAUCCCAGCUCUGGCCACACAGUACCCCAACGUCCACCCGUUCACGCCCGCCAAGCUGUGCACGGCGGUGGAAGAAGCUAAAGUCCACGCCGCGGAGCACACGCUGCAGACGCUCGGCGUGCAGACGGAGGCCGCCGCCGACACCGGCUGUGCCUCGGUAGCCUUCCCAGGUUACACUCUGGCGAGCCCGGUGGCGUCUGCCGUGUCCUCCCAGCUGAAGCAGGCGGUGUCUCUGGGCCAGGACCUGACCGCCUACACCACCUACGAGGGGUACCCCGCCUUUGCCGUGGCAACGCGCCAUAGCGACGCCUACGGUGUUUUCUAGAAGACCAACAACACCGAACCGCUCGUCUGUCCCGUCUCUAAAUAUAAAUAUAUAAACCUACACACAUAUACUGUAUAUAAUAUAUACAUAUUAUAUAUUACCCCGGACCCAGACCCCGACCCGACCCCCAACCCCGGACCCAGACCCCGACCCCAGACCCCGACCCAACCCCGGACCCAGACCCCGACCCCGACCCAACCCCCGACCCAACCCCGGACCCAGACCCCGACCCAACCCCGGACCACGACCCGUACCUCGACCUUAACCCAGCCCCGUACCGACCCAGACCCCGGACCUAAACCCCGACCCCGGGUUGGUUCCCUAAUCUGGUCCCGACACCUUUGAACCCGCUGCUGAGACCUUCGGACUCGUCGGCCGCCCUGAAGCAAAGUCCUUCACCCCCCUUCACCUUUAAAUCUUCUUUCAUCUAAUCAUCUCUGAGCGAUGAGUCAUAUCUGAUGAUUUAGUGAUGUCAUAAUUAGCUGGCCUGUGAUUGGCUGUCGGGUUGGAUUCAUGUUUUAAUUACUUUUCUUUCAUUUUCAUGUUUUUUAGCAUUUUAUAGUCUGUCUGUCGUGUGUUUACGAUAUCUUUUAAAAAUAGAAUUCGUUUCAUUUUUCAUCCUUUGUGUUUGUGUUAUCUUUCAGAUAUCUGGGAUUUGUAGUUCUUUUAAAUGUCUUUCCAUUGCAAAAUGUAGUUUUGCAGCCUUGUCUACCUUUGACCAAUUUUAGCGAUUUACCUGAAAUUGUUUGAAUUUAAUCGUUUCACUUUUUACGACAUUUUUGUCACUUUUUCACUGUUGUGGGUGUUUUUUUUUAUGGUUUUGGUGUUUUUUCAAAACUCUUUUGAUAUUUUCAAUGUCGACAUUUUCAGACGUCCCAUGUUUUGGAAACAAAAAGGGUCAAACAUGAGGGUUAAGCCACUGAGGCAUUCUGGACUUUGUAGUUCUACUAACCAGGAAUCUGUAGUUUUUUUUCGCCGAGGCCGACGCUUUGAGGAUGUUUUCGUAUUUGAGGUGUUUAACGGUCACACGUCGGCUUUAUUACGACGACGACAUUUAAUCAGAAUAUUAUAAAAACCUCAGACCAGGAUCGGGACCAGAUUCAGGUCUUUCGCCUUCGGGUGAUGUUUCCGUUCCACGUUUCAGUAUUUUUUAUUUUUUAUCGUCACAUUUGCGCAUUAUCUGCGAUCUUUGUUCCACUUCUACCUGAAACAUCUGCCCCCCCCCCCCCUCCAUCCACCAUUUGUGACUUUAACCACCGGGCAAAUAAAAACUUAAAUGAUAAAUGAGGAAAAUCUGGGGUGAAAAAAUGUAAAUGUAAAUAAGAUAAUUUGAGCAAAUAAUUUAAAUUUAAACAAUGAUAUAAAAAAUAAUAAUCUGAGCAAAUAAAAUUAAAAAUUGAAAUAAUUAAAACCUGUUUACAGACGGCAAGACGGUAUUUUUUACUUUUUGAAAUAAAAGUGAACGAUCGCGAGUUAACAGACUGCGAUGUUUCUGGAGACUAACGAUCGCGAGUUAACAGACUGCGAUGUUUCUGGAGACUAACGAUCGCGAGUUAACAGACUGCGAUGUUUCUGGAGACUAACGAUCGCGAGUUAACAGACUACGAUGUUUCUGGAGACUAACGAUCGCGAGUUAACAGACUGCGAUGUUUCUGGAGACUAACGAUCGCGACAUACAAGCUACGAUGUUUCUGGAGACUUACGAUCGCGACAUACAAGCUACGAUGUUUCUGGAGACUUACGAUCGCGAGUUAACAGACUACGUUGUUUCUGGAGACUAAAGAUCGCAAGUUAAAUGACUACGAUGUUUCUGGAGACUAACAAUCGCGAGUUAACAGACUGCGAUGUUUCUGGAGACUAACGAUCGCGAGUUAACAGACUGCGAUGUUUCUGGAGACUUACGAUCGCGAGUUAACAGACUACGAUGUUUCUGGAGACUAACGAUCGCGAGUUAACAGACUGCGAUGUUUCUGGAGACUAACGAUCGCGAGUUAACAGACUGCGAUGUUUCUGGAGACUAACGAUCGCGAGAUAACAGACUACGUUGUUUCUGGAGACUAAAGAUCGCAAGUUAACAGACUACGAUGUUUCUGGAGACUAACGAUCGCGACAUACAAACUACGAUGUUUCUGGAGACUAACGAUCGCGAGUUAACAGACUACGAUGUUUCUGGAGACUUCCAAUCGCGAGAUACAAACUACGUAGUUUCUGGAGACUAAAGAUCGCGACAUACAAACUACGAUGUUUCUGGAGACUAAAGAUCGCGACAUACAAGCUACGAUGUUUCUGGAGACUAACGAUCGCGAGUUAACAGACUACGAUGUUUCUGGAGACUAACGAUCGCAAGUUAACAAACUACGUUGUUUCUGGAGACUAAAGAUCGCGAGUUAAAUGACUACGAUGUUUCUGGAGACUUCCGAUCGCGACUUAACAGACUACGAUGUUUCUGGAGACUAACGAUCGCAAGUUAACAAACUACGUGGUUUCUGGAGACUUAAGAUCGCGAGUUAAAUGACUACGAUGUUUCUGGAGACUUCCGAUCGCGAGUUAACAGACUACGAUGUUUCUGGAGACUUCCGAUCGCUAACAUCGAGCUGCGAACACGCCGAAGCGGAGACAGUAUUAAAGUGCCUGAAGCACUUAGAACUUAUUUUUAUACCAGGA